AUCUUUGAAGUGUUUGUCUGCUGGCAAAUGGACCAGUACUUUAAAACCCCAAACAUUCCUGGGAUUAGCUGAAGCCGCUAAGCUGGCAGCGUGAGCGCGGGAGGAAGCCCGGGUUCAAGAGGCGUCCUCCUUCCAGAAUUCGGACUGAUCCUGUGAAGACCAUAAUCAGAUCUGGACGAAAGGCUCCUCGGUGAAGAGGAUCCAGGCUUCAGAAACAGCAAGCCCAGUGGGGCGUCUCUCUAACCCUCUCCGUCCAGCAUCACAAUCAUGUGGCCACCAGUGAGUGACCUCCAGGAAGAAGGCAAAAAUGCCAUCAACUCAUCGCUGUCCCCUGCCUCGGUGGAUAUUCACCCUGAAGAUACCCUGCUAGAGGAGAACGAAGAGCGCACGAUGAUCGACCCCACCUCCAAGGAAGACCCCAAGUUCAAGGAACUAGUCAAGGUCCUCAUCGACUGGGUCAACGAUGUCCUGGUGGAGGAAAGGAUCAUCGUGAAGCAGCUGGAGGAGGACCUGUACGAUGGGCAGGUGCUGCAGAAGCUCUUGGAGAAACUGGGGGACUGCAAGCUGAACGUGGCCGAGGUGACCCAGUCGGAAAUCGGGCAGAAACAGAAGCUGCAGACAGUGCUGGAGGCUGUGCACGAGCUGCUGCGGCCCCACGGCUGGGUGCUCCGCUGGAAUGUCGACGCAAUUCACGGGAAGAAUCUCGUAGCCAUCCUCCAUCUCCUCAUCUCUCUGGCCAUGCACUUCCGGGCCCCGAUCCGGCUUCCGGAACAUGUCUCUGUGCAGGUCGUGGUCGUGCGGAAACGGGAAGGCCUCCUGCAUUCCAACCACAUCACAGAGGAGCUGACCACGACCUCAGAGAUGAUGAUGGGCAGGUUCGAACGGGAUGCCUUCGACACCCUUUUCGACCACGCCCCAGACAAGCUCAGCGUGGUGAAGAAGUCUCUUAUCACGUUUGCGAAUAAGCACCUGAACAAGCUGAAUUUGGAAGUGACGGAGCUCGAAAGCCAGUUUGCAGAUGGCGUGUACCUGGUUCUGCUCAUGGGCCUUCUGGAAAACUACUUUGUCCCUCUCCACAACUUCUACCUGACCCCAGACAGCUUUGACCAGAAGGUCCACAACGUGGCGUUCGCCUUUGAGCUGAUGCUGGACGGAGGACUCAAGAAACCCAAGGCUCGCCCUGAAGAUGUGGUGAACCUGGACCUCAAGUCCACCCUGAGGGUCCUGUACAACCUGUUCACCAAGUACAAGAACGUCGAGUGAUGGCAGAGACGUCGCAGGGACGGUUUCCGGAAAGAAGAGGGUGUCUGUGGCGGGUGCUUCCCAGGGAGGCGCCUGUGGCUUCCCACCCAGGCUGUGCGGUCCUUCCCCGCUGCCCUUCAUUCUGGUUGUUGUUCUUUACUGUCCCUAUCCCGUGGAGCUCCUCAGUGGGGGGGAGACUUUGAACACGCAGGAUUUUCAAAAGCAACGCCUCUGUG